GAUUAUGUCACCAUUGUGGGCGCCUCGGAGGUCAGACCAGACCUGAGGCCAGACCAGACCUCAGGCCAGGCACCACAGAAGGUGGACCAUGAUCCUUCACGGCAUUUGUUUGAUCUGCCUUUAGCCAAAAUGCCCUACGAUACGGCCCCUCCCUCCGCCAUCUCCCCUUCGGCAACCCCAGGGUUCUCUUUCUGCUGUCUUGAUCAAUGCUGUCAUGAAAAGCACAGCCAGCUAGCAUAAACAGAAAAGACCAAACGGGAAAGGCACGCAUCCUGAUUUCCAAGAAAAGCAGGG